AUGUCUGGUUUUAAUGCUUUGUGGGUUCCCGGAGUCGACCAUGCUGGUAUAGCUACACAUGUUAAGGUUGAAGACAAUCUCAAGGCUGAAAGAGGAAUGAGUAGACAUGACCUUGGCCGUGAAGAAUUCUUAAAUGAAGUAUGGAAAUGGAAGAACCAGUCUGGUGAUACAAUCAUGUCACAACAACGACGUUUAGGUGCUUCUCUUGAUUGGUCUCGUGAGUGUUUUACAAUGGACGAGCAAAGAUCAAAAGCUGUAACCGAGGCCUUUGUACGGUUAUACAAUGAAGGGCUUAUCUAUAGAGACAAAAGGAUUGUUAAUUGGGGUUGUAGACUAAGAUCAGCAAUAUCUAAAUCUGAGACGGAUCUAGAGGUUGUUGUUGCUACAACUAGAGUGGAAACAAUGCUCGGUGAUACCGCCAUUGCUGUUCAUCCCGAUGAUGAAAGGUACACGCAUCUUCACGGGAAGUUUGCUCUGCAUCCAUUCAAUGGACGGAGGUUACCAAUUAUUUGCGAUGCAGAACUCGUUGAUCCGAAAUUUGGUACAGGUUGUGUUAAGAUUACUCCUGCUCAUGACCUCAAUGAUUUCGAAGUUGGAAACCGCCACAAACUGGAAUUUAUAACCAUAUUCACUGAUAAUGGAAAGAUCAAUACGCAAGGCGGGCCUGAAUUCGCAGGGAUGCCACGCUUUACGGCUCGUGAAGCUGUUAUUGAAGCUCUGAAGAAGAAGGGGAUGUACAGAGGUGCCAAAAACAACGAAAUGAGACUCGAAAUUUGUUCAAGAACUAAUUAUGUUAUUGAGCCUAUGAUAAAGCCUCAGUGGUACAUAUAUUGUCGCGAGAUGGGAAAGAAUGCUCUUGAUGCUGCUCUCGAAGUUGAAAACAGGAAACUCGAGUUUAUACAAAGGCAGUACACAGUAGAAUGGAGAAGAUGGCUAGAGAAUAUACAUGACUGGUGCGUUUCGAGACAGUUUUGGUGGGGGCAUAGGAUCCCAGCAUGGUAUGCAACUCUCGAAGAAGGUCAACUCAAGGAUACAGGCUCUUACAAUGACCAUUGGAUCGUCGCUAGAAACGAGGAAGAAGCUCGAAAAGAGGCUGAUAGUAAAUUCCCGGGGAAGAAAUUCGAGCUAUGUCAAGAUCCUGAUGUGCUUGACACAUGGUUCUCUUCUGGUAUCUCUCCUUUAUCUAGUUUUGGAUGGCCAGAUGAAACUGAUGACUCGAAAGCUUUUUAUCCGACAUGUGUUCUUGAAACCGGACAUGAUAUUCUCUUCUUUUGGGUUGCUCGCAUGGUUAUGCUAUGUAUGAAACUUAGCGGCGAUGUUCCUUUCAACAAGGUUUAUUUGCAUCCUAUGAUUCGUGAUGCACAUGGUCGCAAGGUGUCAAAGUCUGUUGGAAAUGGUAUUGAUCCGCUUGAAGUUAUCGAAGGCGCAACUCUUGUGGAUCUUCAUAAGAGGUUAGAAACAAGUAACUUGGAUCCAAAGAAGCUUGUGGCUGCUAAAGAAGGACAUGCCAAGGAUUUUCCUAAAGGUAUCCCUGAAUGUGGUACGGAUGUUCUUCGGUUUGCCCUUGUAUCUUACACUGCUCAGUUUGAUAGAAUUAAUAUGGAUAUCCUGCGAGUUUUUGGUUACCGUCAAUGGUGUAAUAAGCUCUGGAACGCGUUUAGAUUUGCGAUGAUGAAGCUUGGUGAUGGUUAUAGUCCUAUUCUGACUCUGUCCGCUGAAACAAUGCCAUUGAGCUGCCAAUGGAUUCUUUCUUCACUAAACAAGGCGAUAUCAAAGACUGUGGAUUCUUUGAAUGCUUACGAGUUCUCGGAUGCAGCCAACACGGUUUACGCUUGGUGGCAAUACCAGUUUUGUGAUGUAUAUAUUGAAGCAAUUAAGCCUUAUUUCACCAAGCCAGAGUUUGCUUUAGAGAGGACUCAUGCACAACAUACUCUUUGGGUUUGUUUAGAGAUUAGUUUGAGAUUGCUUCACCCGUUUAUGCCUUUUGUUACCGAAGAGCUUUGGCAACGAUUGCCUUGGCCUAAAGACUAUGAACGGAAAGCGUCUAUCAUGAUUUGUGACUACCCAUCUCCCAUAGAGGUCUCUGCCUUCUAA